AUGGAAGACUCGUCGCAGUUUGACAGGGCAUUGAUUGAUUCGAUCCGCGAUCAUUUCGAGGCCUGGGUGGAUGCGCAAGGCCAGCGUGAUCGCUUCAAUAAAUACCGAGUGUGUAUAGCCAUUGAUGAGGAAUGCCUUCAGACGCUGCUAGGGGCAUCGGAGGAUGCCCUAGAGCAGGAGACUGAGUACUAUGAGGACGAAACAGUGCGGUAUGUCAAGGUCACCGAAGCAUGGCCGAUUAUUGACGAAUAUGAUACCUUUCCGGGAUAG